AUGGUUCCCGGCCGAAUGACACCCGUCAUCAUCGGCGUGGGCGAUGUCAAAAACGGAUCCCAAAACGUCGAGGACGCAAUUGAGCCCAUGCAGCUCAUGCUCCAAGCGAUCGUUCGUGCCCUCAAAGACGCCACGUCGGAACACCGUAUCGCUGAAGAACUCAAAUCAAGCAUCGACAGCGUCUCCGUCGUCGCCACGUGGACCUGGCCGUAUGCUGACUUACCAAGCCUUCUGUCGGAAAAGCUAGGAAUUCAGCCACGGCACAAAAUAUAUAGCGAGCACGGAGGCAAUCAACCGAUGAAGCUUGUCGAUGAAGCGGCAAGGAGAAUCUGGCGGGGCGAGUGCAAAGUUGCCGUCAUGACUGGUGGCGAAGCUUUGGCCUCGCGUACGGCUCAUCGCAAGCAGUCGAUCAAGCAAAACAACAAAGAGUCCGCUCAAUUAUACGCAGAGUUUGCCAAAAUUGCCGAGCAGAACGAAUUCGCGUGGAACUACGGACAAAAGACCCCAACAGCGCAGAUUAUCUCUACUGCAUUAACGGCAAUGGUGCGAGAUCUGCGUCGAGGGGAUGGUCAGAACGGCUUGAUUCUGGCAAAUGGCGGAGUCCUGACCUACCAGUAUGCGCUCUGUCUUUCCACCAGACCCAGACGCGAUGGUUCUGCAUACCCGGAUAAGGAUCCUCUCCCCAGUCACGUGACAGAUACACCGGUUCCAACAGUCACUAUUCAAGCUGAAGGAGAAGCAAUGAUCGAAAACACGCUGAGUUUCUUCGGCCAGACCUACACGGUGGAAUUCAAUCGAAACGGUACCCCUUCCAAAGGGUUCGUAGUGGGCCGGUUGACCCGCAGCAACCACCGCUUCGUUGCGAACACGGGCAACGCAAAGACUCUAGAGCAGCUCUCGAGCGGAAACAGCGAACCAGUUGGGAGAAUAGGAUGGGUCAAAAGGGGUGACAAAGGAAGGAAUCUGUUUACGUUUGAACCGGAUGCGAAUCUGUAA